AUGAUCGCGACGACGACUGAGAUUGGUACGCGCUGCCUGGCAACUUCUUCUCUCUCCCUGGACGCAAAGUCGCUCGCCACAGCGAUCAAGGAAUGCACCUCCAAGAAAUCCGUGCUGGAAGUUCACACCAGGAUUGUCGAGCACGGGCUUGGCGGCGAUCUCUUCCUGAGCAGCGCCAUCGUCCACAGGUACCUCAGCUGUGGCAGCGUCUGGGAUGCAUGGAAUCUCUUCUCGCGGCUCCACGAGAGAGACGUGAUCACUUGGACAAGGCUGAUAGCAGCAUUUGCACAGAAAGGGCAUUUGCAACCAGCACUCCUAGUGUUUCGAGAGAUGCUGCUCCAGGGAGUUUUCGCGGACAGCAUCACCUUCGUCACCCUCCUCAACUGCUGCGCGAAGUUUAGAGCUCUUGAUCAAGGGAGAGAGAUGCACACUUACGUGCUAGAGAAAGGAUUCGACGCCAUCCCACGGGUGGGGAACUCGCUUGUGGAUCUCUACGCAAAGUGUGGGUGCCUCGACGACGCUUGCGUGGCCUUCGCGAGCCUCUGGCAGCCCGACGUGAUCUCCUGGAACACUCUCAUCGCCGCCUAUGCGUCUUGCUCGGGCUUCACGGAAGCUCUCGGCGUCUACCGGCGGAUGGAGCUCGAGGGGAUGAAACCUGACGCCUUCACUCUCGUCACCAUCCUCAACGCUUGCAGCGAUCCGGCCACCAUCGCCAGCAGCAUCGUCAAGGAGAUGCACGAGAGGAUCGUCAGCCUGGGAGUGUCCUGCGAGACUGUCGUUUGCAACGCUUUGGUGAGCAUGUAUGGAAACGGAGGCCAACUUACCACCGCCAGGAGCGUGUUCGAGGAUUCGUGCGCCUCAAAAGACGUGAUCUCCUGGAACGCCAUCAUCUCCGGGUACACGCUCGCGGGGCUCAACUCGGAAGCUCUUCGGCUCUACCGGAAAAUGCAGCUCGAGGGCCAGCUUCCAAACGACGUUGCCUUUCUCUCAAUCAUGAACGCUUGCACGGGACCAGUCGACUUGUACACCGCGAGGCUGAUCCACUCCAACGUUGAGGAGAGCUUCGCGACGAGCGGCAGCCGGGAGAACGAAGCUCAAGUCCGGAACGCCCUGCGUACUCUGUCAAUGGCUACUGCGACCUUGCCUUUGAGUUGUACCACCCGGAUGCAGCUGGAAGGCUUUCGUCCCACGAACGUCACCUUUACCACGGUUCUCAACGCUUGCAGCGAGAGUUUCUUGGAGCGAGGCCGGAUGAUUCAUGCCAACCUCGUUGGAACCGGUUACGAAUCCACUGAUGUCGUCGUCAGCGCUCUCGUUGAUAUGUACUGCAAGUGUGGAGGGCUGGAAGAAGCUCACAGGAUCUUUGCCAAGCACUCGAGGAGGGGCGUCGUUCUCUGGACUGCUAUCAUCGGAGGAUACUCCGACGCUGGAGACUCGAGAGCAGCAUUGCAUCUAUUCAAGCAGAUGUUGCUGGAUGGCACCAAACCGAACAAAGUCACGUUCGUCACGGUUCUCAACGCCUGCGCAAAUUCGCAAGCUCUGCCACCCGAGGAAGUAGCGCUGGUUCGCUGCUUGGUGGCUCAAAGUGGCCACGAGCCGGACUUUGCCGUGAAGAACGCGUUGCUCAACCUGUUUGGGAAGUCCGGGAGCUUGCAAGACGUAGAGAAGACAUUCGAGGAGCUGGACUACUGCUGGGACGUGAUAGCCGGCACGGUAAUGGUGUCAGCAUACUCCCAGCUCGGUCUGUGGAGAAAAUCUCUCGAGCUCUACCACCGGAUCCUCCUCGAAGGCAUGAAGCCAAGCCCCACCACCUUCGUCGCGGCUCUCACUUCCUGCUCGAGCCUUGCAACUCUGCCUGUUGGAAAGGCAAUUCACGCCACCAUCGCCGAAACUGGCUGCUCCUCGAUCCCCCUCGUCCAGAGCUCUCUCAUUAACUUCUAUGGCAAGUGUGGGAGCCUCAAGCUUGCACGGCGGAUCUUCGAAGCCAUGGACGACAAGACCAUGGUGAACUCCUGGACGGCCGUAAUAACUGGAUACGCUCAGCACGGGGAGAUGGAGCAUGCCCGGAAGAUCUUCGAGAGGAUGCAACAGGAAGGCGUCAAGCCGGAUGAAGUGACUUUCAUAAAUGUGCUCUCGGCAUGUAGCCAUGCGGGCAUUGUAGAGGACGCUUGCUACUUCUUCAUAGCCAUGACUCAGGAGCUUGGCCUGGCCGCUGGUAUUGAGCACUAUGGCUGCCUUAUUGAUCUCUUGGGACGAUCGGGUUGGCUGAACGAAGCGGAGGCCCUCGUCAAGAAGAUGACCGUGCAGCCAGACUCGGUGCUAUGGAGUUCUCUUCUUGGUUCUUCCAGAGUUCAUGGCAAUGUCAAAGUUGCAAAACAUGCAGCACAGAGGUUGAUCGAGCUAGAACCAGAAAAUGCUGCAAGUUACGUGCAGCUCUCGAAUACGUACACUGUAUGGAAGCCUUGCGACGCGGCCACAAGAUCAGCGUAA